AUGCCACCUUCACGUCAAAUUACUGCCUCAACACAUGCAAAUGAGUUUCAUGAACAUUUUUUUGCUGAUCAUGGAACUUUGAUGUGUCGAUUUUGUGACAUAUCUGUUAAUUAUGAAGUAAAAUCAACUAUUACAACUCAUAUUAAUAGUGCAAAGCAUAUUGCCAAUAAGGCUGCAAAAGAACGACGUGGAAUAAUAUCAAAGCAAUCAACAAUACAUACUGCAAUUA